UUAUACUAAACCACCAUGACAACAACAACCGCGUUUACAUGUAUUCCUUCAUGGCACAAGAGACAAAGUUCCAUGCUGCUGCCAUGUAGCUUCCAACUGGUGGCAAUGCUGCUAGUUCUGCUGGGCGACAAUGUACAUUCGCUGCGUGGUUCCUCGUCGCUGCUGUCGUCUCCAACACCGUCACCUCCAGAUGACUACUACGACACAUGGGAACCUCGCUGUUUCCAAACGACGCAAGAACUGCGGGAUGCUGUGAACUCCUAUCAAGGCCAGGACCAUCUCAAUGUGACACUUGGCGAACAAUACGGUUGGCCCAUUGGUCAAUGGUGUGUGUCCAACAUUCAUGACUUUUCCAAUCUCUUUCAAAACUAUCAUCAUCAACCACAUCAUCAGCACUUUAACGAACCCCUUGACCACUGGGACAUGUCCUUGGCAAGAGAUGUGUCCGGAAUGUUUCAAAAUUGUCACGAGUUCAAUCAACCCCUCGAUCACUGGGAUUUGUCGGAAGUCACCUCCAUGGCGCGCAUGUUUGCUUCCGCCAAGAGCUUUCGACAAGAUAUUGACAUGUGGGAUACCUCCCAAGUACGAGACAUGAGUUACAUGUUCCUCCACGCUCAUGCCUUUUCCGGCAAGAAUCUGGAUGCCUGGGAUUUGCGCAGUUUGGUCACGACCGAGGGGAUGUUUCGCGAUGCGCGAUCCAUCGAUCCCACCAAGCUACAUUGGGAUAUCUCCAGCAUUCCCAAUACACAUCGCAUGUUUUCCGAAACACCAUCGGUCAGUUUGGCGGCGGCCAAUAUGAUGCGUCAAAACAUUACAGAACCACCCGCGCAAUCUAUGGUGCGAAAACGACCCAAUCACGCCGGGCUGCGGAUAUCCUCAGUAGUAGAACCCAUCUCCUCAUCUGAGCUGCAUCCCUGA